AUACAUUCUUCUCCGCUAGCUGUUUCUGUCCGCCUCCAUCUCUCUCACUGUCGCCAGCCUUUGCUUUGCUCCCGCCUCCGUCGCCACCUCCAGCUAGGGUUUAGGAUUGGGGAUCAGCUGCUGGAAUUCCGAUUGCUCCAGCGUCGGAAUUCAGUUCCCUCCUCCGGCCAUGGAUCUCCCGACACUCGCCGCCGUCCUCCAAGCUGCUCUCAGUCCCAACCAGGAACAGCGGAAGGCUGCUGAGCAGAGUCUUGAUCAGAUACAGUUCACUCCUCAGCACCUGGUGAGGGUGUUGCAGAUCAUCGUGGAUAAUAAUUGUGACACGGCGGUGCGGCAGUUCGCGAGUAUCCAUUUUAAGAACUUCAUUGCGAAGAACUGGUCUCCUCAUGACACUGAUGAGCCUUCAAAGAUUGCGCCUAGUGAUAAAGAUGUAGUCAGGGAUCACAUCCUCGUUUUUAUUGCGCAAGUCCCCCCAAUUUUGAGAGUACAGUUAGGUGAAUGCCUGAAGACAAUCAUCCAUGCUGAUUAUCCGGAGCAGUGGCCACGCUUGCUGGAAUGGAUAAAGCAUAAUCUGCAGGAUCAGCAAGUAUAUGGGGCUUUGUUUGUUUUAAGGAUUCUAUCGAGAAAAUAUGAGUUCAAGUCCGACGAGGAAAGGAUUCCUGUUAAUCGAAUAGUUGACGAGACAUUUCAACACCUUCUCAACAUUUUUACUAGGCUUGUGCAGAUUGCAAAUCCAUCCCUAGAAGUGGCGGAGCUAAUCAAGCUUAUCUGUAAAAUAUUCUGGUCAUCCAUAUAUUUGGAGAUCCCAAAACAGUUCUUUGAUCCGAAUGUCUUCAAUGCGUGGAUGCUUCUCUUCUUAAACGUUUUGGAGAGGCCUGUUCCAGUUGAGGGGCAGCCAAUGGAUCCAGAGCUUAGGAAGUCAUGGGGAUGGUGGAAAGUUAAAAAGUGGACAGUCCAUAUCCUAAACCGGUUGUAUACGAGGUUUGGAGACCUCAAAAUACAGAACCCAGAAACAAAAGGUUUUGCCCAAAUGUUUCAGAAGAAUUAUGCAGGGAAGAUUUUGGAGUGCCAUUUGAAUUUGUUGAAUGUGAUCCGUGUUGGUGGGUAUCUACCCGACAGAGUUACCAAUCUGAUUCUUCAGUAUCUGAGCAACAGCAUCACAAAGAAUUCCAUGUAUAGUUUGCUACAACCUAGACUUGAUGUUCUUCUCUUUGAGAUAGUUUUCCCACUCAUGUGCUUCAACGACAAUGAUCAAAAGCUAUGGGAGGAAGACCCACAUGAAUAUGUGAGGAAGGGUUAUGAUAUCAUUGAAGAUUUGUAUAGUCCAAGGACUGCAUCUAUGGAUUUUGUUAGUGAGCUGGUUAGAAAAAGGGGAAAGGAGAACCUCCAAAAGUUUGUUCAGUUCAUUGUUGAAGUUUUUAGAAGAUAUGAUGAAUCCCCCAUGGAACACAAGCCUUAUCGUCAAAAGGAUGGUGCACUGCUUGCCAUUGGAGCCCUUUGUGAUAAACUGAAACAAACCGAGCCUUACAGAUAUGAACUAGAGCGUAUGCUAGUGCAACAUGUUUUCCCCGAAUUCAGCAGCCCUGUUGGUCAUCUUAGAGCAAAGGCGGCUUGGGUUGCAGGGCAAUAUGCACACAUCAACUUUGCCGAUCAGAAUAACUUCCGGAAAGCUUUGAGUAGUGUUGUAUCAGGCCUGCGUGAUCUGGAGCUUCCUGUUCGUGUGGAUUCAGUUUUUGCAUUGAGGAGUUUUGUUGAAGCCUGCAAAGAUCUGAACGAAAUCCGACCUAUCCUCCCUCUUCUUCUAGAUGAGUUUUUUAAGCUCAUGAAUGAGGUAGAGAAUGAAGACUUAGUAUUUACCUUGGAGACUAUUGUGGAUAAAUUUGGAGAGGAGAUGGCUCCCUAUGCUCUGGGUUUGUGCACAAAUCUGGCAGCUGCGUUUUGGAGGUGUAUGAACACUGCCGAAGCUGAGGAUGAAGCUGAUGAUCCUGGUGCCUUGGCAGCAGUUGGUUGUUUGCGAGCUAUAAGCACUAUUCUAGAGUCUGUGAGCCGGCUUCCUCACCUUUUUGUUGAAGUCGAACCGACUCUGCUUCCCAUAAUGCAGAGAAUGUUGACAACUGAUGGCCAAGAGGUGUUUGAAGAAGUAUUGGAAAUUGUUUCUUAUAUGACAUUUUUCGCGCCCACAAUAUCUUUGGAGAUGUGGACACUUUGGCCAUUGAUGAUUGAAGCACUUGCUGAUUGGGCUAUUGAUUUCUUUCCAAAUAUUCUUGUUCCCUUGGACAACUACGUUUCCCGGGGGAAUGCACAUUUUCUAACGUGCAAAGAACCAGAUUACCAGCAAAGCUUAUUUAAAAUGCUUUCAUCAAUCAUGGCUGAUCCGAAUUUGGAGGACAGUGAUAUAGAACCUGCUCCAAAGCUUAUUGAAGUAGUCUUCCAGAAUUGCAGAGGACAAGUGGAUCAUUGGUUAGAGCCAUAUCUAAGAAUCACUGUGGAAAGAUUGCGUCGAUCUGAGAGGCCGUACUUAAAGUGCCUCCUUGUUCAAGUGAUUGCAGAUGCACUUUACUACAACGCACCUUUGACGUUGAGUAUCUUGACUAGACUUGGUGUUGCUACAGAGGUUUUUGGCCUUUGGUUUCAGAUGUUGCAGCAAAAGAAAAAGAGUGGCCAAAUGACCAAUUUCAAGAGGGAACACGAUAAGAAAGUAUGUUGCCUAGGAUUGACAUCAUUGCUGGCCCUUCCUGCGGAUCAAUUACCUGCAGAUGCUUUGCAGCGUAUUUUUACUGCCACACUUGGCCUCCUAGUUGCAUACAAGGAACAGGUUGCAGAAGCUGCAAAGGAAGAAGAAGCUGAAGAUGACGAUGAUAUGGAUGGUUUCCAGACCGAUGACGACGAUGAUGAAGAUGCUGAUGGUUCUGAUAAGGAAAUGGGAGUUGAUGCUGAGGAUGGUGAUGAAGCUGACAGCAUCAAGCUGCAGAAGUUGGCUGCACAGGCGAAGGCCUUCCGCCCUCAUGAUGAGGACGACGAUGACUCUGAUGAUGACUUCAGUGAUGAUGAAGAGUUGCAAUCACCAAUUGACGAGGUGGACCCCUUUGUUUUCUUCAUGGAUGCAGUCCAAGCCAUGCAAGCAUCUGAUCCAGCAAGGUUCCAUAGCCUCAAGCAGACUCUCGACUUCCAUCAUCAAGCUCUAGCAAACGGUGUUGCCCAGCAUGCUGAUCAGAGGAGAGUGGAGAUUGAGAAGGAAAAACUGGAGAAGGCAUCGGCUGCCUCAGCUGCAUCGUAAAGACAAUUCCUCCGAUUUCAUGUUAGUCUUGCAUUGCUAUUCCCCCUCCCACAGUUUGUCGCUUAGGUGCAUUGCAUUGCAUUGGGUCCAUGUCCAGUAAAAGCACAGGAGUCGGGUCAGUCUGAUUGAACCAUUUGUGUGGUUCAGCCGGUCGAGAAAAAGCCCUUGUGGGGUCGUCGCUAGGGUUUGAGUUCCCCCAGCAGUUGAGCGACUUUGCUGAUAUCAAGGGUGGGGAGCUCCCGACUCAGUCGUGUGCAGGUCGAGUCAUUUUGGGUCCUGGCAAAUGUGGGGUGCUUCUACGUCUGAAGGCCUCUUUUGCCAGCUUGUUUUGUUCUGUUUUCUGGAGAGUGAGCACAAGAAUUCUUGCAGCGUCUUGCCGUUUCUAGGGAACAGAGAUGGAUGUGAGUUUGGUGAGGAAAAAGGGUGGUGAAAGUGUUCGUUGUCAGAUGUUUGAGGUGCGGCAUGGCCAUACACAUCUCGACGAUUCCAGUUGCAGAUUGGCCAGUGCUUGUCCCGAUAAUUUUGGUAUUUAGGGUUUAGUCCAUAUUCUUUUCCGGUUGUUGUGAUCGUUGGUUGAUUUUGUAUUGAAGUAUAGCCAUAUUUAAAGAAGAAAAGCCGCGAGGGCAAUAUGAAGGAAGAAUGUGCAAAAGGCCUUUCGGCAUUUGGAUGUUGGGGGUUCUCGGCUGCCUUUCCGGUUCAGCUGCUGCUGCUAAUUUGCAAAACUGUACGAUUUGAGAUGAGAGUGGGAACUGUGAAUGCAGAAACAGUUCUUCUGUAUAGGGGUUGGCAUGUAUUUUUUACAUUGAUGAUUCUUUUUGGUGAAGAGCCGGGUUUUCUUCGACGAGGAUCGUUUACUCAGAAAAUUAUGUGGGCCUUUUUGCUAUAAUGGUUUCCGUCAAAGCGGUUGGGCCCUGUAAUUUACUAUGAAGUUCUUUGUGGGCCUUCCAAGCCCGGUCUCUAUGAAAUUGAAUCCAGAGAUAUGGAGCUUGGUACAGGUCUGAUCCGAAAGUCUGCUCGUGCAAGAAGCUCAUUGGUAUUAAACCGUAAUGAUAAACCCCAAUUGAAUUUUGUGUUAAAUACACUAUGGUAUAAAGUUAUUUUCUUCUAA